AUGGUGGUGAUGGCUGCAACAUCCUCACCAUCGCCGUCGCCAUCGCAGCAGCAACUCGUGACGUUUGUGUUUGGGGACUCGUUAACAGAAGUUGGGAACAACAAUCAUCUGCAGUACUCUCUCGCUAGAUCUGAUUUCCCCUGGUACGGGGUUGAUUUCCCCGGCGGCCAGGCCACUGGACGGUUCACUAAUGGCAGAACCAUUGGUGACAUCAUUGAAGCCCAGAAGCUCGGGACCGAAUCGCCACCGCCGUAUCUGUCUCUGUCGAAGAAUGACGAUGCACUUCUCAAGGGUGUUAAUUAUGCAUCUGGAGGAGCAGGAAUCCUCAAUGAAACUGGCCAAUAUUUUGUCCAGAGAUUAACACUGAAUGAUCAGAUAGAUUGCUUCAGACAGACCAAGGAUUCAAUCAGCGCCAAAAUUGGUGAUUCUGCUGCAAACAAGCUGGUGAAUCUCGCCCUGUACUUCAUUGGCAUUGGAAGCAACGACUAUGUCAACAAUUUCUUGCAGCCAUUUCUAGCGGAUGGCCAACAGUACACCCAUGACGAAUUUCUCAACCUCUUAACCUCUACCCUUGACAAACAAAUUUCAAGGCUGUACGAACUGGGAGGGCGGAAGGUAGUGUUUCACGGGCUGGGCCCACUGGGCUGCAUCCCGUCCCAAAGGGUGAAGUCCAAGAAAGGGCAAUGCCUGAACCGGGUCAACGAGUGGGUCCUGGAGUUCAACGCCCGGGUCCAGAAACUGAUCUCCACACUCAACGGCCGUUUCCCGGGCGCCAAGCUCAUGUUCGCCGACACGUACGGCGACGUUUUGGACCUCAUCGAGGAUCCGACGUCGUACGGGUUCAAGAUCUCCAACACGUCCUGCUGCAAUGUGGACACGAGCGUUGGAGGGUUGUGCCUGCCCAAUUCCAAGAUGUGCAACAACCGGACGGACUACGUCUUCUGGGACGCGUUCCAUCCUUCCGACGCCGCCAAUCAGAUUCUCGCCGACAAAUUUUUCUCUAGAUUGUUUCCGGCACCCUCGCCGGCGCCUGCCGCGACGCUGAGCCCUUGA